AUGUCUCCCAAAACCCCUCACAGCGCAGUCGACGGGGGAACCGGCGCACUCAUCAAUGAAGAGCACGAUGACUCGGACUCAGAAGGCCUCACAUAUCAGCCGCCGACCGCGUCCUCCGCGCCUUCCGGAGCCGGAGCGCCCAUUAAUGAGGAGUCCGAUUCCUCCUCGGACUCGGAAGACGAUCUGGAUCGGCAAAUGGCGUGGCUCCGCAAUAACCCGGACUCGGAAGCGGCCGAUCUAGCUCUGGAAGAGUCGUGGCUCCACGACGACUCGCCGUCUCCCGGCCCUCAGCCGGAGCCGACGGUGAAUCGGAUAAUGGCGGCGUGGCUCCUCAAACAUUCGGACUCGGAAGUGGCCGAUCUAGCUCGGAUAGAGGCGUGGCUCCGCGACGACCCGCAGUCUCCCGACACUCAGCCGGAGCCGACGGCGCCCAAGAGUUCUUCCCGCGGUGGUCCCGGCGAGGGCGGCACGGUUGCGGCGCACUUCUCCGAAGCCGCGGCGCUGGAGUUGCUCUUUAACGUCUCGCAGUCUCAGGACGGCGCUUCCUUCACUGGCCUCUCUGCGCUGCAGCAAGCCGAACACUGGCCGCACAGCGUCCCUGAGACGAGGAUGUCCCCGCAGGUGUGGACUGCGGAGAUGGAGGAGCUGUGGGGCGGAGUGGAUGUUGACGGAAAGUGUGGCCCGGCUGCCUGGGGCGAUGUGGGCUACGAUGAACCAGCUGAUGGCGGUGUUUGA